GCACAAGCACGCGCUUGUACGUACGUAUACACGCAUGAAAGUGGACGCGUGCAUACGUAGAUCGCGUACCUACACGAAUGUAUAAAUGUACAUACAUUAUCUACGCGACGUACCUCGAAGAAACUAGAGCUUAACGGUAUUAACAUUAGUUGUCGUUUAACAAACGCGUACGUUCGAUAAAGACUCUCCUAUACCGUAUAACAAUAACGGUCGCGCACCGUGCCAACUCGGAAAAGUUUCGCCGCUUCCGCGUUCGGCGUUCGACGAGUUAAAAGUGUGUUCAAGAGGAUUAAUCCGAUAAACGAUACGCUUUUCUUUCCCUUCGACGACAAUACUCGGGCCAAGCUCGAAGAAGAAAACUCGCGGAUCUCUUACCGAGCGAGCGAAGAAAGAAGGAAACGAAAAGGAAGGAAAUUUUUUGGGGAGAGGGGUGUACGCGCGAGUAGCGGAGAGAAAUCGUUAAAUACGGGAUAGCCAACAAUAUGAGAGUAGCGGCCACGAGGCAGCAUCCUCUGCAUCCUCUACAGACGACACGUAUUUCCAACAAUGGAAAGUUCCUGGUCAAUACGAAUAAUCAAGAGGUGCAACCUCCGCAGCAUCGGCAGCAGCAGCAGCAGCAGCAGCAGCAGCAGCAACAGCUGUUGCUGCAGCAACAAUCGCAAAUAUCUCAGCACCACCAUCGCCAUCAUCAUCAUCAUCGUUAUAGGCAGCAUCCGUAUCAGCAACAUCAUCAACGACAACAAGCGGCAGCGGCUGCGUUGGCUGCGGCGGCGGCGGCGGCGACGGCGGCGGCGGCGGCGGCAGCAGCAGCAGCGGCGAACGGCGACGAGAAUACGACCGCGGUCGUUCCGCUCGUCGGAUUCUCGAGCUGCGAGCCAACGGCACGGAACGUCGAGCAUCACGGACCAACCAUUCUCGGGGAUAGAUUCGUUCUUCUUGGUCCGGCGGAAGGCAGUGCCCUUUACAGAUGCGUCGACGUACAAACCGGUCAACAGCUUGUCGCCAAGGCACUGAGUCAAGGCGAUAAAGGAUGCGAAGCCUUGCUGCAAGCACAUCUUCGAUUGGAAGGAACGGACGCGGCUAGUGGACUCGCUGGAAUCGUCGAAGGCAGCGGUGGUCGCCGUUAUCUCCUUUUGGAGGGCCAUCACGGAGAUUUGCACGCUUACGUUAGAGCACGCAGGAGAUUGCGCGAGCCCGAAGCGAGACGACUCUUCCGGCAAGCGGCCAAGGCCGUUGCCACGUGUCACGAGUACGGCGUCGUCCUCAGGGACCUCAAACUUAGGAAGUUUGUCUUUGCCGACGAAGCCAAAACGCAGCUACGAUUGGAGAGCUUGGAAGAUGCGGUGAUCGUGGAUAAGGAGGACGACAAGUUGACCGAUCGUCGAGGUUGUCCAGCUUACGUCGCGCCGGAAGUUCUCCGAUCGGGAAGAGCUUAUUCCGGAAAGGCAGCGGACAUUUGGUCGCUCGGCGUUCUCCUCUAUACGAUGCUGGUCGGCCGUUAUCCGUUCAACGACGCGGAACACGCUUCGCUCUUUGCGAAAAUUUCGCGAGGGCAAUUUGCCGUACCGGAGUGUCUCAGUCCGCGCGCAAGGUGUCUCAUCCGAUCCUUGUUAAGAAAGGAACCGUCGGAGAGACCGGACGCCGAGGACGUACCGCUUCAUCCUUGGCUCUCGAAACCUCUCCGUCUUUCCUCGCCCUCGCCCUCGCCCUCGCCUUCGCCUUCGUCCUCCUCGUCGUCCGCGUCCUCGUCCUCGUCGUCGUCCUUUUUAUCGUCCUCGUCCACCUUGUCCUACUCCUCCUCCUCUUUCCCUUCGGGGAGAUCCGCUUCUCAGGACCAGAUCGUACCGGAGCUCGUUAACGAUCCUCGACAAGACUGACUCUUCGAAGAAGAGACGAUUAUUAUCCUUUAUUCCGCGCGUUAAUAGCGCCAGCUCUACGUCUUAUUUUUAAAAAGAACAAUCUUUGAACUAAGGAAAGAAAGACAUGCAUAUUAUUUUGAAAAAAAAGAAAUAAAAAAGAAAAAAAAGAA